AUGACCAAUGGUGUCAACCCCCAUGCUACCCCGUUGCAGACCCCGCUGGGGGCUCUCCAGAACCGCGCUGCAAUGGCAACCCCGGUUCCUGCUACCGGUCCUCCCUCCGCGCCGCCAAGCGCCGUUCCCUCGCGCCCAACUCCCAAGCCAAAGACCAAGACAACAAGUUCGAGCUUGCCGGCGCCCCCGCUAGACGAUGUGCACGCAGCUUUCGUUGAGUUCCGCGCAAAGGAAGAAGACAAGUGCCUGUCCGUCCAAUGUAUUUACUGCCAGCAAGUUCGCGCAAAGAAUACUAGUCGCCAGCGCCAGCAUCUGCUGGAAUGCCCCACCUAUCUCAGCGUGAUGAAAGACUCGAUCCCCGCCAACAACCUGCUUCACACAUUCCCCGAGGGCGACGUCGCCCGAUCACUUCAAAUCCCCGCGCCAUCGCUGGAGCUGGAUUUCCGCAUGAGCAUCAAAAUGAACCCCAAGGUGUCUGUCGGCCCCAGCAUCUGGGGCCAAAGAGAGUGGGUCUCGUUCACCGGCGGCCAAUGGGCCGGUCGAUGGGGUAAGGGUAUCGUUCUGCCCGGUGGUCAAGAUACACAGAUCGUCACCAAGGAUUCCACUACCAACCUUCGUGCGAGUUACAUCCUUCAGACUGUCGAUGAGCCACCCGCAUUCAUCAUUGUGCGCACAGAAGGAUGGUUGACAGGCGCCAAGGAUGUUCUUGAAAAGGUCAUUGAUGCCAACAUGGCAGAUGGUGUCAACCCCGGCAGCUAUAAGUACCGGGUCAAUUUGUCCAUGGAGACCGGCGAUGAGCGAUACACAUUCUUGAACACUUUGAUGUGGAUCGGCAGCGGUUGCCGCAGAGGUCACGAAGUCAUCUUCGACUCGUUCCGUGUCAACUAG